AUGUUUUCUUGUCAGUUUUGUAUCAGGGUUUUCACUGAUUUCCAAGCCUGGCUUGAACACGAGAAUGUUCACAUGGCUCAAAGAGAAGCACAAAGGAAGAAUCUUGGUGUGCCUUCUCCUUCUAAUGCAAACCAAGCUGGUGGGGUUGGUGGCAAAACAAAAGGUGUUUCACCACAAUCCAUGACUCUUAUUGUUCCAAGACCAAAGUACGAGGUUUGGCAGACUCGAAUAGUUGAAACCACCACCAAACGUGUGGUCCAAACUUAUGAGAUUCAAGGGAAUGGACCUAAUCCACAGUACAAACUUUUGCAUACUAAAACUGCAGUUACAAGAGAACCACUAGAUUCAGAUUCAAAGCCACAAUCUUCACAUUAUAGGUUAUGUUUUGGCCAAGAAAGUGAUUCUUCAACAAGACACCAGAGUCAAAUGAAUCAGCUUCACUCUUCAAUGGCUAAAUGGAAUGGAUCUGGUCAAGUUUUCUUUUCUUCUUGUAGUCGUUUAUGUUUUGGCCAAGAAAACAAUCAUUCAUCAACAUUUCAGAAUGCCAUGCAUCAGCUUCACCCUUUGAUGACCCAAGCGAGUAGACCUGGUCAAAUUAAGGUAUCUUCUUCUACAGUUACACAAGAACCACCAAGCUCACAAUCACAUUCAUCACAUCAUAGUUUAUGUCAUACCGGGGGUUUUUGCAAAGAAAACAAUUCUUCAAUAAGGCAUAAGAAUGCAAUCAUAGAGAGGCCUCAUAGGAAGGAGGCCAAGCUUAAUUAA